AUGUCAAGUAGAGCUGCCUCAGGGCGUAAAAGGCUGCGACCGCCACAGAUAGCUGCCCAGCCGUCCUUGGCACCACUUCUCGAGACGGCCGUAGACUCGUCUGAAGCGCACCCCGACGAGCUCGCGAGCUCAGCUCGGCCUGUGCACCCUCCCACGCCUGCCCCAUCGAUACGAAGCCGUUCCAGCUCAUCCCCCGCCCCAUCCUCCUCAUCCUUGUCGUUCCUGAGCAUGCCUGCAAGGACAGGGCCCCUAGGCUUUCUCGUACCCAUGCCUGCACGUGACCAGGUCGCGCAAUGGCUCCCACCGAGUCGACGACCCUCGGGAUACGACGUUCCUGGCGACGUCAUCCCGUACCAUGCGCCGUCUGACGAUUCCCAGCAGAGAGCCCCGAGAGGAAAGAUCCUCCCAUUCCGCGCGACGAACCCAAAUCGUGACUCGACACCGGUCCCGUCUUAUCAUGAGCACUUUGCAUCGACGAGUUCGGUGACCCAGCAGUCUACUUCUGGUGCACGCCCACGGGCACUGCCACCGUAUCCGAAUGCACCUGCUGUUCAGACCGGAUGGGCUGCGCUAUCUGAUUCCAAAACUGCUGAAGCGCUCUCAGAUCCUCCCAACUACUCCGAGCGAGCGAGGCAGUCGUCGACGGACACCGCAUACCCUUAUCCAUACCCAGCCUCAUCGUCGUCGCUUUCCCUCCAGACUAGUGAACCCUCCUGGUCCAACGCUAGAUUCGCUCACCCUGCCGAAAUGCCUCAACCGCCGUACUAUUCUCCUCCUCCACAUUCUUCGACUCUGCUCCUCCCAUCUCGUUUCCACCAGGUGCCUGGGGCACUGCCACUGGACCCAAACCAUACACCGCCGCCCAGAAUGGUGGCGGCGGACUAUUCGCUUGAUCCAGCCAACCAGUAUCCGACCCCGCAGUCCAGUUCGUUCUCCUCCCCGUCUACCUCAUUUGCAGUCCUCCCCCACCCGAGGGAUCCGGCGAUGCAUUCGCGGCAGUCGAUUUCCUCCUCCGGUUCCUCUUCAGGAAACUCGGAUCCCCCAGCGGCAGUUGCGUCCAGCAGCAGCAGCCGAGUUGCCACUUCAGCGCCAGCCUUCGUCUUCCCAUCUUCAAGGUCCCGCAUGAGGCCCAGCACUACAUCGAGUCCCGGCAUUUCGGGCUUCCGAUUUCGUGGGCGCAGGAAAAGUGCCAAGGUCGCUCCUGUAGAGAUCGCGGCGGUGCCCGAAACACCGCUGCCGCCGCAACCAGUGUCUCCGACGGCAGCGGCAAGCGUCCGAAGCGCCCCCACGCCCCAGGCGUCGGGACGCAUGGUCUCGCCGACCGCUGCGUCAAGCCAGAGCGCGGAGCCGUUCUACUUUCCCGGCGCGCGGACACGCGCGCACCCCAAGUCUUCGACGCCGAUACGGUUCCGGAGGAGGAAGGACGGGAAUGGCGAGCGGCCUGGGCUGCUGGGAAUAGAGCUGAGCCGCAAGAAGAGCUCGGUGGUGCCUAGUCUGCCGUCACCCGAAUCACUGGACCGCGAAGUUACUACGCCGAUCCCCAGCGUUCGUCGGCCGUCCCUGGGGGAGACGCACGGCAGUCCUGAGUCGAUGAUGCCGAUUAUGACCAGGAUCGGCUCGUAUCCGCUAGAUUCCUACGACGCCGCCCUGAUUGAGGCGGACCGCCAAACAUUCGAACUUUUGCGAAAGAUCAACAGCACCAAUACUCCUUCCUUCCACAACUACGGCGACCAGCCGCCAAUGCAGGUGCUCGAUCUUGGAUGCGGCGCGGGCCAUUGGAUGCUCGAUGCGGCCGCCGCCUGGCGAUCAGCGGGGACGCAAAUUGUCGGCUUUGACAUGACCGAUACGACCAAAGCUUUGUGGCCUCUUGCACAACGGCAGGGACUGACGAGCAACAUGAGAUUCGUGAAGGGGAACUUCAUCAAGCAAGCCCUCCCUUUCCCCGACGGGACGUUCCAGCUCGUCCGGAUGGCUAAUCUGGCGCUGUGUAUCCCGCACGAGCGAUGGGACUUCGUGCUGAACCAAGUCUGGCGGGUGCUGAGUGUUGGGGGACGACUCGAGUUCAUCGACGACCAGAUGUUCUUUCCAUACGGAAAACCUGCAGUGCUCGAUGCGCCACAGCUCGACACGAGCAUCCCGUCCACCGCGUUCUCGCGUCUCAGCCUGGCCGACGUCGUGGCUGGCGGCGAUGGCGACAGCGAGAUCUACAACGUCGAGGAGGAGCAGGAGGAGGAGACGAGCACCCCCACCGAGUCACACGUGGACCCCGAGGUCUGGCACGAGCAAGCGGCCAGCGCGCGCGAGCUCGAAAGCCUGUUCGAGAGCAUGAUGAACCUCAAAUACGGGAUCCACCUGCGGCCGAACGAGUUCGUCUUUGAGAUGCUGGUGCGCGCGUUCGGUGGCGUGAAAGAGAUCACGGCGAUGCACUUGACGCUGGCGCCGCCGGAACAGCAGCUGCCGACAGAUGACGACCCACUGGCGACUUCGCCCGGGUUGAUCCUCUGGCCAUCGACGUUCAUCCCGAUGCCCCAGCCUGAGCUGGAGAGCCAUGUGUCGAAGCACCAGCGCGUACUGCUCUCGUGCAAGACCGCCCUGACAGAAUAUGCGGCUGAGAUCGCGGAGAUAGGCGAAGGCCAAACGCAAAGCGAUGCCGCGCAAGAGGCGCUGUGGGAUUAUCAAAAUUUCCUUCGCGAGCGAUUCAAUCCGCCGCCAGAGGGCCCGUCCUCCGACACGUCGUCCUCCGACGCCAACAGCAUCCAUGACUCCGUCUUCUCGCUGAGCUCCGUGGCCAGCGAGGCGCUCGACGCGAUGCGCGAGUACCAAAGCGACCUCUACUCGCGCUACUCGCAGGCGCGCUCGCCGACGCCCACGCAGCGCAUGAGCGUGCUGAGCAGCGCCAGUACCGUCAUGGAGCGCCCCAUCAUGGGAACGGGAGGCAGACGCGCGUCGCGGGUGCAGGGCCGCGACCGCCUGGGCUCUGUCGUGUCGAGCAUCGCCCCGCCGUAUUCGCGCACGGAGCUCACGCACGUGCGCACAUUCUAUGUGUAUGAAGCCACGAAGCGGUCAGGCGGCCGCUUUGGGAGGAUGUAGCAGAUUUUUGUUGUAAUAUGGUUGUUGUAAUUGUAGCUGAAGCUUCGAGUAAUGCAGUGACGCUUGUCGGAAGAGCAAGAAAGUGAAUCGCCGUGGACAACAAAUAAAUGAUGCCAUCAACAGUUUGUUUCGCACAAGUAGGAGACACGACCAAGGAGUAUCGAACGCUUUUCGAGCAAACUCGCCCACCAGAAAUCAUCACAGACAGUCAACCGAGAAAUACUCAAACUGUGCAACCGUCCCCUCCUUGUUCUUCGGCCCGCAAACCAUCACGCCGACGCGCCACUUGUCUCCCACACUCGCCUUGCUUCUGCCCUGGGCAUCGAGAUUGAAUCCGCGGAUCUCUCUGAAUUUGGUCAGGUGCGACGCAGCGGGCGGGCUUGGCGAGGCGCCCGUCGGCGAGAGAUACUGGCUGAGCGUGACCAGGGGCCCCUCCCGCACCAUCUUGAUGUACACCGCGUACGGCGAGUCCCCGGAUGUCGACGUAGAGUGUGCGGCGGGCGCGAUGGCCCAGUCGGAGAACGGCGACGUCACGACGGCACUUGUGAAGCAUCAGCCGCGGAUUCUCCAGCGUGAAUGAGAGCAGUGGGGCAUGCGCACCCAAUGAACUCGUGCCCGUCCUCGACCUCGACCCCCGCCUUGAUCCAGUCGCCCUGGACGUCGUCGGAGCUGCCCGCGAGGAGCAUCAGGCAGCCCUGGUCGAACUGGCCGUCCCACGCGCCGCGGAUCCAGACGCCAGCGGCGAAGUCUUUCUGCGCGUCGACGGGCGUCGCGAAGAACGCACCCGUGCGGCUGUCGAUCUCGGGCGCGGCCGAGGUUGGGGGGACGCGCCACCAGUCUGUUUCGGGCUGCGCGCGCAGCUGCAGCUUGGUGCCUGAGCCGGAGACGCGGUGGGCGGAUGCGGCGGGGCGGAUUUCGAAAGACGGGUCGGAGAAUGAGGAGACCAUGUUUCGUGUGUGAGAGUGUCGUGUCGUAUCUGGC